AUGGCCCAACGCAGUGUUCGCAACAGACCCAUGGUGGAUGGAGUGACACCUAUGAAAGACGAAAGGAGCAUUGUACCCACUAAACGAAAGGAGGAAAGAGAGGCUUCUCCACUUGCUUCCAAGACAAGGGCCACAAAGAAGCAAAAGGGACCAGAAUCUGCUGGGGGUGACACAUCUGAUCCACGUCCAGUCACGCCAGAUCAGCAGCCUAUGUUUUCAGGCCAAGGGGGGAAUGACGCUACCUCUUCCUCUGAGCCUUCCGCUUCCACCAGCAAGGUUGGCAUGGGAAAGGAUCAUGGUCAAUCCCAAAUCGGCGGCAAUGAGGAGGGUGAUGACGACGGUGAUUAUCUGUCAGUUUGGGCGAUUGCAAGAGGUCUGAAAGAGGAGGAUGACUUUGAUGGUGGUGCUGACGAUGGGGUGGACGUCAGCAAAAGCACCUCAAGCUUGUACCCACCGUCAAGCAUCAAGCUGCCUACGGAGUGUGAGGUCUUCAACGAGGAGGAGCAAGCUGAGUCCCUACGAGAUAUAUACAAGACUUUGCCCAAUCUUUCAGUUCGGGCUUUCAUGAGCUGGUCGGAGAAGAAAGAGGAUAGUAAGCGAAUGAGGUACGAUGAAUGGUAUGAGCUGUGCCCCUUCAUGAAUGGAAGGAAAAGCUGGAGUGCUAUGGAAUUUGUGGCCUACCAUCGCCUUUUCCACCUUGCCCGAUGUGACCCCAGAGGCUUUGCAGCACGCAUGAUCCCUGUCUCAGGUCGAUCCCGAGUCAUGACGUUUAACGAUUCCGAUAUUGGGAUUGUCAGUGUUGUGCCGAUCCGGGUCUCUGAGUGUUGUCUCAAAACUCCUGGCAAUCUGGGGAAGAAGUAUGUCCGCGGCUUCAUGCACACUCAAGAUGAAGAACGUUUCAUCUCCGUCGUCUGCAUGGUCUUUGGAGAGGACAGCAUGCACUGUAACAUGAAGGGUGACGAGUUCACGUUUGAGACAUGGGGAGAAGGUAGGAAGGGUAAUGACUCACUUCCCAACAGCCCGUACAGAGGUGGCCGGGUUGCUGGCUCAUCGCCAUCAAAGGCUGUUGUAUCAAGCACUCAAAGUCGUGCUGUUUUGACUGGCAGCUCUGGCAUCACUGGCGGCUAUAUCAAAACAACACUGAGCGCAUCUGAUGAAGUGCGUAUCUUCGAUGGGCGAAACAAGAAGAUCAACUGGUCCUCUGACCUUGUCAAGAUUCACGAGAUUCUCCCCCAGUUCGAAGGCGAGAUGAUGGCAGACUCGUUUGCGGUCGUGGCCCACACCACUACUGCGUACGCUAAGAAAGACAAGGAGGGGGUGGUAAUAGGUCAAGCAGUGAGUCUCAACGUACAAUGGGCCAUGCUGUUGGGUUCGCCUGAUCAGAAAAGGCCACGCAAGAAGAAUGUUGGCACGUCAAAGUAG